AUGUCGGUGAUCAGCUCUGGUCCGGUUGAUCCAGUGAUCCGGUUUCUUCUGAUGGGCAGAAAGGGAUCUGGGAAAAGCUCAUCUGGAAACACUAUACUAGGAGAAAAGAGGUUUAAAGUUCACAAACAGAAAAAGAAACAUGAAGCUGAAGUGUGUGAGGGUAAAACUCAGAUCAGAGAGAAGCAGGUGUGUGUGACUGAUUGUCCAGAUCUACUGGAUCCAGAUCUGAAUAAAGAGAAGCUUGAGAAAAUGAAAGAUCAGCUGGUCUCACAAUGUUCAUCAGGUCUCAGUGCAGUUCUACUCACCGUUCCUCUAGAGGAACCUGUGGAAAAUGAGGAAGAGCUCCUGGAUUAUAUCAAGUUUUUAUUAGGCCCUGAAGUUCAGAAGUACAUCAUGAUUCUGUUCACACGUGGAGAUGAACUGGAGGAUGAGACUAUCGAUAAAUAUCUACAAGAUCAUGCAGAUCUGCAGCAACUUGUGACUGAAUGUGGAGGAAAGUUUCACUGUUUCAAUAACAAGAAGAUUGUGGAAGGCGAAGUCUCAGAACUACUGCAGAAGAUUGAAGGAAUGGUGGCAGAGAAUGGUGGCAAAUUGAAGAGGAGUGAUAGCAAAGAGAUUAUUAUGAGUUAUAUCGGUCCGGAAGAGAUUGAUGUGAUUCCUGAGAGAAAAGACCAGAUCAGGCUGGUUCUGCUGGGAAAAACUGGAUGUGGGAAAAGUGCCACUGGAAACACCAUCAUCGGCAGAAACGUGUUUGCAUCUUCAGUCUGUUCAAACUCUGUGACGAAUCAGUGUCAUUUAGAAUAUACAGUAAGGUUAAGAAAAGCGAUCUCAGUGAUUGACACUCCUGGACUUUAUGAUACUAAACUCAAUGAAAAUGAGGUUAAAACUGAAAUAGUGAAAUGCAUUACAUAUGCUUCUCCUGGACCACAUGCUUUUAUUAUUGUGAUUAGAGUGGGUCGAUUCACUGAGGAGGAGAAAAACACGAUAGAGAGACUUAAAGAAGUGUUUGGAGAACACAUGGAAAAAUAUUCCAUGAUCAUCUUCACCCACAAAGAUAAGUUAGAAAAAAAAAAUAAAACCAUUGAAGAGUUUCUAAAGGAUUGUGAUCCAAAUCUUAAAGAACUUGUAAACAGUUGUGGAAACAGAUUUGUCUGUGUGGACAAUGAGUCUGCCAGUUACACACAGGUCAAAGAUCUGAUCGGUAAAAUAGAGAAGAUGGUGGCAGAAAAUGGAGGACACUUUAGAAAUGACAUGUUUGAUGAAACGGAGAAACACAUUAAAAAG